CAUAGCCAACUCUCUCCGCGUCUUAUUGUCUGUUCCUUUUCUUCAGAGUCCGAGAUCAACCCCGACAAACCACUGAAGUUUUUCUCUGCUUCUUCCGAUUCCUCUUUUUGCUUUCAUUUUCGAUUUAGAAAUGGCGCCAGUUUCAGCUCUAGCUAAGUACAAGUUGGUGUUCUUGGGUGAUCAAUCGGUGGGCAAAACCAGCAUCAUCACUCGCUUCAUGUACGAUAAAUUCGAUAACACCUACCAGGCUACAAUUGGUAUUGAUUUCCUAUCAAAAACUAUGUAUCUUGAAGAUCGAACAAUUCGAUUGCAGUUGUGGGAUACAGCUGGCCAGGAAAGGUUUAGAAGUCUUAUUCCAAGCUACAUUAGGGACUCAUCCGUAGCUGUCAUUGUAUAUGAUGUUGCAAGCCGACAGAGUUUCCUAAAUACAGCUAAGUGGAUUGAAGAGGUGCGAACAGAGAGAGGCAGUGAUGUCAUUAUUGUUCUUGUUGGGAACAAAACUGAUCUUGUUGAAAAAAGACAAGUCUCUAUAGAAGAAGGGGAAGCAAAAGCACGUGAGCUCAAUGUCAUGUUCAUUGAAACUAGCGCAAAGGCUGGGUUUAAUAUAAAAGCCCUCUUUCGAAAAAUUGCUGCAGCAUUACCCGGAAUGGAAACACUGUCCUCUGCAAAACAAGAAGACAUGGUUGAUGUAAACUUGAAGUCUACAACUGGCAACGCUCAAACUCAACCUCAGUCAAGUGGAUGCGCAUGUUAAUUGUAGUUUGUCAUGUGCUGUCCACCUUUUGUUGUGUUUUUGGUUUUAUGCAGGUUUUUUUCUGUAGUUUUCUACAGCAUUAUAUGAAAAAAUAUGAAAGAAUAUAUAUAAGCAGUGAAGGGUAGGGGUUGGAUAUAAGUUCUGUCCAAAAGAAUUAUUGUUGUUAAUUAGAUAUGUUUGCCAUAAUGUAUUAUAGGUAACCUCCCCAACCCAAAAUUGGAUUUCGUUCAGUGUACUUUAUAAAUUUAACUUUUUAUUUGGUUUGUCUUAA